AUUGGCCCACGAGCCCCAGACUCUCUGAAUCACACCUAACUUGAGGCUCAAAAUUCUCCCACGCCACCCAGCUUUGAACAGUCCGCUUGGACGCACAUAACCAAAAGCCGACACCACAAAGAUAAGCCUCUCUCUGACCUUCUUUUCAGCUCCAAAAUCUAUCCAUUACCCACAAAUUUUCUCAAUCCAGGUUCUUGAACAAGAAACAGCUUGUGGGUUGUUCCCAAAUUCAAGCAUUUUCGAUUGCCCUCGACGAUUUGAGACGAGGGGUUUUGAUAUUGAUAAGGAGAUCGUUCUUGUAAUUCUUUUUUUGAUGUUCCUAAAGAAAACCCUGUUGCUGAUUUGCGUUUGAGCGGCUGCAUGAGUGCGCAAAGCUCCAUUUGUAGGCUCUUCGAGUUUGGGAGCUUGAACUUGGAGCUAAAGCAGCAGCAGCAGCAGCAGCAGCCAUGGCUAUUGGUUACACUCUUACACUCGGCCAAUCCCACUCUUUUAGCUGUUUUAAAUUUUCAAAAUCAUUGCAUUCUUCUCGAGUUCGCUGUCGCUUUGUUUCUUGUGGACGGUUGAAGAAUCUGAAUCAGACUUGUAUUUCUUCCGGCUUCAGGCUUGAGAGAGUCAUUUCAAAAUGUUCGAUAACGAACCCCGAUGUAACAUUCGACCAAGUUUCAGUUGAAGACGACGUCCAAGAAGUGUUAUCUUCUGUAGAAGCUGAUUGUUCACUUCCCAUUGUACAAUUGAAUUCCGGUUUCCUCGAGGCGGAUACUUUGACUCUACAAACCGAACCUCUGAGUUUAUUGACCGAAAGGACUUACGUCGAUAGUCUUUUGACAACUUUGCCUGUUCUAUCUGAGGAGGAGCAGAAUGUUCUUGCAGCAACUCCAGCUCAUCCAGCUGGGUUGUACGCUCUAUAUGCCUCAUGUAUUGCGGGGAAUUUGGUCGAACAGCUUUGGAAUUUUGCGUGGCCUACUUCGAUUGCUCUGCUUCAUUCUAGUCUUCUGCCAGUAGCUGUUAUGGGAUUCUUUACUAAGCUCGCGUUAAUAGUUGGAGGUCCGUUGGUCGGGAAGUUUAUGGAUAAUUUCCCGAGAGUACCUGCACAUGCUUGUCUGAAUUGUGUUCAGGCUGCUGCUCAGUUGCUAUCAGCCUCAAUGGUAAUAUAUGCCCAUACCGUUCCACGUUCGGCUGCAUCGUCGUCCAUACUUCUCCAGCCUUGGUUUGUUACACUGAUUUUUGCUGGUGCCAUAGAGAGGUUAUCUGGCAUAGCAUUGGGGGUUGCUAUGGAGCGUGACUGGGUCGUGUUGUUAGCUGGAAUUAAUAGGCCUAUUGCACUUGCAGAAGCUAAUGCUGUUCUUAGUAGAAUUGACCUUCUAUGUGAGAUAGUUGGAGCAUCUUUAUUUGGCAUUUUCCUCUCCAAGUACGACCCAGUGACUUGCUUGAAGUUCGCUGCAGGUUUAAUGUUAUGGUCCUUGCCAGUUGUGGUUGUACUUACAUGGUUAACGAACCAACUCUCCACCGGUGUUCUCGAUCGUGCAAAAUGCUCACAAACCUGUUGUAGCAAUCCCUCUAAAGUAAACUCGCCUGAUGCUGAGAGUAUAAUGGAUGUGGGUGUAGAAGUUAUUAAAAAUGGAUGGAAGGAAUACUUGCAGCAACCAGCUCUUCCUGCAAGCCUUGCCUAUGUUCUCCUCUACUUCAAUGCAGUCCUCGCACCGGGAAGUUUGAUGACGGCGUUCUUAACUCAGCAAGGGCUUAGUCCAUCAAUUAUUGGGGGUUUUAGUGGACUAUGUGCUUUCAUGGGUGUUACUGCAACCUUUGUAUCAGCAAAUUUGGUCAGGCAAUUCGGAAUUUUGAAGGCUGGAGCAAUUGGAUUAAUAUUUCAAGCUGCCCUUCUAACAGUUGCUGUUGCUGUGUACUGUAGUGGUUCUCUUUCCCGGCAGAGCCCUCUUCUUUUCUUCUUAUCUAUGAUCGUUCUAUCUAGGUUGGGACACAUGUCAUAUAAUGUCGUGGGGCAACAGAUUCUUCAAACUGGGAUUCCGACAUCGAAAACGAAUCUCAUUGCAUCAACAGAGGUUUCGGUCGCUAGUUUAGCGGAGUCGAUAAUGUUGGGAGUUGCAAUAAUCGCCAACGAUACUUCGCAUUUUGGAUUUCUAGCAAUGUUGUCACUUCUAUCUGUUGUUGGAGCAGCUGUGAUGUUCUGCCAGUGGUUGUUGAAUCCUACUGAUGAACAAAGAAAACUUUUCUCUUUCGGCUCUCCGUUCGAGGUAAGUACGAAACACUCGGCUAAAACUCAUUGAAACUUCAACUCACUUGUUAUGUAAAUAGUUAGUAUUAAAAACAAGGUCGGGGGCAGUGUCUACUAGGGAGAGGUUUUUAAACCCUUAUAAGGAAUGUUUCGUUCUCCUCUCCAACCGAUGUGG